GCUUCACUCAGUUACUCCCAGAGCGUGCACACAGCAGAUACACUCAUUUCACCACCUGAACCACAGCAAAGACAGCAAACAUGACUUUCAACGGUACCUGGAAAGUAGACCGCAGCGACAACUAUGAGAAGUUCAUGGAGAAGAUGGGCGUCAAUAUGGUCAAGCGAAAGCUGGCUGCCCACGACAACCUGAAGAUCACCAUCGAACAGACUGGAGACAAGUUUCACAUCAAUGAGACCAGUGCCUUCAGGACGCUAGAAUUAGACUUCACUCUGGGGGUCACCUUUGAGUAUGCCCUGGCCGACGGGACGGAGCUCUCUGGCGCAUGGACCAUGGAGGGAGACAUGAUGAAGGGCCUAUUCACCAGGAAAGACAACGGCAAAGUCCUGACAACGACGCGAGUCAUUGAGGGGGGAGAACUUGUUCAGAGCUACAACUACGAGGGUGUGGAUGCUAAGAGGAUCUUCAAGAGGGGUUAAAGGAAAGCCAGUUCAUUCAGUCAUCUUUCUGACCCCGAGGAGAACAUAGCACCUCGGAUGGCCUGGCUCCAGAUGGCACUAAGAGAGCUUGUCUAGUCAUUCAACCAUUUCAAAAAGACUGCAAUACUAAUACUAAUUUUCUGGAACAUCAGGCUGUCAGAUCUCCUUCAUCCAGCUAUGCACUGUUCACAACACACAGAAUGUAAAACCAUCCAUGUGCACUGUGUUUUGAUAUGAAAUGAAAUAAAUGUGAUUGGUUAAGUAAAUGUGCAUUUUUGAUAUUAAAGGAAAUACCUAGAA